UCACGUCAAUAGACAGCGCUGAUUUGCGAUUUUUGGGGUGUGAAAAUAAAAACUCAUUGUCGGCUAUCCGGUUUCGCCAAACGAUGGACAUAUUUAAGUCAAACAUAUACAAUUAAAUAGUUGUUGUCAAUUCGAGAUACUGGGAAAUGAAAUUAGAUUAAGUUUGUCAAACGUUAUGAGUGAUUUUUUUUUUGUUGGCAUUCGUUACUGAAGUGUAGUUGAAGGAUUUUGCACCAUAGUCCAGACGAGGUCGGAGAGGUUAUCGUCUGCUGGUUAUAACAUCGACCCGCUAUUGAUUCGUCUGAAUUUAUUUCAAAAUUCCAGAGUUAUUUUAUUUGAUUAGAGAGCAAGAAAGUACGAGACAUUGACACGAAUAGAGUAAACGUAUUGGUUAACCUAUGACAAAACAUUUAUAUAAUUAGAAACUUCUCAACCAAUAAUAUCGCAAGGUCAGUGCCAAUCUGUGCGUGUGAUGCGCAUUGGAUGAAUAUUAAGAAUCGGUCAGGAUAUUAACAGACCAAUGGACAUUGCCAAUCGUUGAUAUGACGAACGGUAAAUUUAAAUAUGUGACUUUAAACUGGCAAUGGUAGGUCAUAUAGAGGCUGGUUGUAUAUGAGAUUUUUUUUUCUAACCGCACGUGUUAGAUCAGGUGGAUUAUCGGCGAGUAGUCUGCAUAUUGGAACGCGCUAUUGUCCGGCCUGUCAACCUCUCCACGGGCAAUUCGACAAAACAACCCAACGUAACUUUUAACCUGAAGACAUGAGUAAAGUAUUUGCUCACGAUACAAUACCCAUGCAUCGAGCCUCGUUUCUCAGUCGGCGACAACGAGGGGGAUAUGUAAGUGUAGAUGAACUUUUACAACCAGACAAACCUCAAAUACUACCAACAACGAACCUCGACAUUAAUGAUAAUAAUAAUAAAAAUACUUGGUCGAGAGACAAGGUUAAUAGUGGCACAGCGUAUGAACAUUCACCAAAACGAAGUAAAACAAUUUCGAAAAAAUACGAAGAGGUAGAUGUAAACACGGUUAUAAAUCUUGAACAUAUCAAAGCAUCGAAUAAAAUCCAGAAAGGCAAGUUUUCUACGACUAAAGUUUCUCAAUCUUAUUUAAGCGACAGUUUUGAGAUACUGAGAAUGCGCGAUUGGGAUCAGAAUUCCCCGCGAGAGGUUGCGGUUCUCGACAAACGAGAUGAAGAGGAAGAGGGCCUGACACAGCAGCGGGCAAACAUGUCAGAUAAUGUCCUACAUGACAACAGAGAGGUGCAUCUUCAUGUUGAUGUGUGUAACAGCAGCGAGGACGGAGAAAUUGCUAUUUUGUCACCUUCUUCGACAUCUUUCACCGAUGACGAACAGUUGGAUGAAAAUGUUCAGCAUACAGGAGACGAUAAAUCUCGACCAGGCCCGCCUUUAAUACGGGCAAACUUUGGUUUUCGCGUCAGAGACACUAUUUUUAAAGGUGAUAGACACGUCGAUUCGCUGAAGUCCAUAGCAAGUGCUAAAGUACCUCAUAUACUUUCAUCCGUACCUACAAAUUCAUCGAACUUUCCGGGUUGUUUGUAUUUACCUUCACCGUCUUUGAAGCCGUAUUCUUUACUAAUGAAUUCUGCUGGGACCUCUCCGGCCUUACCUCGUUCAGCACGACCAUCCCCACUAGGACUCUACCCCGUCCCGUUAAUGUUUACACCAAAUUCAAAAACACCUUGCCCCCACACGGCAUCUAAGCCCCUACAAGAGACUUUGUCAGGCCCAGGAUUUUCCCCAAUAAGGCCUGUACCUACUUGUAAUCUCAUCCGACCAUGCUUUAACCCGAAUAUAAACUCUCAUGUAUUCCCAACCAUGGUCCCUAGCCCUCAUCUUCCACUACCACUUAGGCCACUUUCGAAUUCUGAUGCACCUAGACGUUCGGCUCCUAACCUAGCCCCUCAACAUCUCGCUCAAUUGUGGGCUAGGAAUGCUUUAAAUUUACGAACAUCGCAAGAGGAAAAGAACAAUAAUGAAAAUGCACGAUCCUCUCGCUCUUCUGAGCCUAGACGAACAGCAAGAAAAAGACAUUUAAGUACAGAAAGUAACAAUUCGGAUGAGGACCCAGAAGAUGCCCUUGAAAGGAGAAGGCAAGCCAAUGCGAGGGAACGGGAAAGAGUUAGCAAUCUAAAUUCCGGUUUUGAAAAUUUACGUCAAGUUUUACCGUGGAUGAACCACAACAGACGAGUUAGUAAAGUAGACACACUAAGGGCAGCCAUUGCAUAUAUUGGACAUUUACAACAAACGUUAUGGGACGCCGAGUGGGCCACGCAUCUACAAACGUAUUCACAAUCGCCAGGCUUCAGUCACACCGCGUUCCGAAGUGCCACAAUGGAACCGUUCUCAUUCCAAACUGUGCAUCCGUACAGCUUUAUACGGCCUAGGCAUCUACAUUCAUUCGGACCAACGCAUCCUAUGCCAACUCUAUCAACGGAAAUCUCAGCACCUGGUGAUGAGGCUGAAAAUGACGAUGAGGAGGAUGAGAUUGACGAUAAUGAUAAUGACAAUGAGGAUGAUGAUAUAACGAAAUAA